GCAUUGUUAGCCUUAGCGGAGGAUUGUAGUGUUUAUAUGCUGAGCUGAAUAGUACUUUUUUGGGCUUCUAGUUGGCUGUUCAGUAAAAGUGCACCUGGGCUCUUGCUAAGUUGCUACCCAUAAAAAUUAUUAUUUACUCCAUUGCCAAAGCUUGUGAGCUUUAUGAGUCAAUCAAACUGUUUCCUAGACUUGGCUCCUAUACAUAUUGAGCCUAAAAUAUUGUUGGAACUUGGCUCAUUUUCCUUGCAAGUCGGAGCUAGAUGAGCCAAAACCAAGUCAAGAUCAAGUCGAACUUGACUAACUCUGCUUGUUUUGCACACCUAGCUGAGGUGUUGUUCCCUCAUUUUUGACAUUUUACAAGCAAGUCAUAAAUAGACUGUACUUGUGCCAAAUGGAACUGUCACUACUCUCCCUGUUUUUGUUUGAUAUAAUUGAGUGUGAUAUUUUGCUUCCAGAUCCAAUAUUUUCAUUUUCACCAUUGGCUAUUCACACGCGAAAUUUGUUAGCUGACCCAAGAUGCACACUUGUAGUGCAGAUACCCGGAUGGAGUGGCCUAUCAAAUGCAAGGGUAACAAUAUUCGGUGAUGUCUUCCCUCUUCCAGAACAUCAGCAGGAAUGGGCUCAUAAGCAGUACAUAGCCAAACAUCAACAAGGGCCUUCUCAACAAUGGGGGAACUUCUACUACUUUAGGAUGCAGAAUAUAAGUGACAUAUAUUUCAUUGGAGGCUUUGGCACUGUUGCUUGGGUUGAUGUCAAGGAAUACGAGGCUCUUCAACCUGAUAAAAUCGCGGUGGAUGGUGGUGAGCAGAAUUUGAAGGAGCUCAAUGCUAUCUUUUCAAAGCCCCUGAAAGGGCUUUUGUCCGCUGAAAUUGAAGUAGACGACGCUGCUCUUAUAUCAAUAGACAGCAAGGGAACUGAUAUUCGUGUUCGGCAAGGCGCACAAUUCAACAUACAGAGGUUAUCAUUUGAAGAGGGGAAUGCAGUAGAAACUCUAGAGGAAGCCAAGGCGGCACUUUGGAAACUAAUACACAAAGGUCGAGUUUAAAAUUUGUUGAAAUAGGGAUUGCAUUGCUCACUAACUCUUUUUUGUGUGCUUAUUUUUGAGAGGCAUAAAUUGAGUUUGUAUCUUUUUUCUUCUCUCACUAAUUUCCCCUUUGCAGACUUGUUAAGUUCGUAUUAGUAUAAGCAUUGAUUAAUGAGAUCUAUAAUUUGUCUGAAAUCAUUGAUCGUGCCAUUUGCCAUAAUACUUUUUUUCUGGUUCUUGAUGUUACUUUGUUGCAUGAAAUUUCUCUAUGAUUGUUGA